AUGGAGGGUUAUCCAAAGCCCCGCCACAACUACAUCUACACACCUCGUUACGGUCAGCGCGGCGUCCUCACCUACGCAGGACAGCAAGCAAACGGCGCCUACCCCUCCGGCGUCGCUGGUGGCGCCAUGGGCGGCUAUGGCUAUGGCGGCGGGGCCGUUGGCUACACUGGCGCUGCGUAUGGAGGUGCUUACCCGGUAUACAACACUUCAACCUACCCCUACCCGUACUCUGGCGCCAGCUAUUACGGCUCGAGUCACUACCCCAGCUACUCCAGCUAUCCCAGCUAUUCCAACUACUCGAGUUAUGGGGGAAGUCUUGGAGGCUACGGAAGCUACUACAACUACGGACUCUAUGGCUCCAUGUACCCACUUGCUAACUUCUAUUCUCCGUAUCAGAGGUCCUACUACAACACGGCACCGACUUACGGCCAAACUUCCUACGUCUACCCACCUGGUCCAACUACCACGACUACAAUGUACCACGUCGCCAACAGCCAUGUUCCAGUCGCUACCGCACCCCCAGCUCCCAUGAGGACCGCAUGCGCGCACACUACGACGCGCGAGGACAUCCAGAUGGAGAACCGCAGGAUCGCGACCGAGCGUGGAGCGUACAGCGCGAGGAAGAUCAAGCCGGCCGAUGCACGCGAUGACGACCCAUUCUGGUGCCGCGAGCGCAACGGCGAGUGGCAUCUGAGGACCUUCUACCAGAUCGAGAACGAAUGCUAUCCCGGGCAGUGGUUGAUGGAUGCUGAACUGGGCUUUCUGGUGUUCCACCGUGGAUGA